AUAGCUAGAAGAGAUAAGGAGAGGAGUGGGAAACACGCUCGUGGUCCAGCUGCUGCCAAUGAGCAGUUAACCAGAGCCAUUCUUCAAGAGAGGAUAUCAGAUGAGGAGGAACACUCUAUGGCAAAGCACCUACCUGAGCAGCUGGAUGAGAAGGACUUAGUGAUAAAGAAGCAGAAUGCAUUCUACAAAGAGCAGCUACCUAGACUAGAGGAGAGGAGCUCAGUUUUACAAAGUUACCACUGA